UCACACUCAUGCAACCUCACUAAGAAGAUAAACUCUCUAUUUUCCUCUUCUAGCGGCUCUUAUCAAUUUCUCCGACCCAUAAGCAUACACCAAAGACAAACUCCAUUUUUUUUCCAUGGCUUUCAUAGCAUCAUCACCUAUCAUGAACUCCAUUUCGUGGCCAACUAUGGUUGUUUCUGACAUGUCUCAUAUUGUCAAGGACGGGUUUUCAUUUCGAAACAACAAUAAGGGCAUGCAUAAAGGCCAACACCAUCUUCAAGGCUUGACCGUUGCAAAUGUUGCAAGUCCAUCAGUGCCCGUGAUUGCUCCACAAAGGGAGGAGCCGUCAGGGACCUCCGAUGACGGCCACAGUCAGCACCACCAUGUUGCAUGGACUAGUAUACCCCGAGAGAGAUGGGAAGGAGAGUUGGCUGUUCAAGGACAAAUACCAUUCUGGCUGAAAGGAACGUAUAUAAGGAAUGGCCCGGGCAUGUGGCACAUAGGGGACUACAACUUCAGGCACCUCUUUGACGGCUACGCCACUCUGGUCAAGCUUAACUUCGAGAAUGGCCGGUUAAUCGCCGGCCACAGGCAAAUCGAGUCUCAAGCCUACGAAGCCGCGAAGAAAAACCAGAAGAUAUGUUACCGUGAAUUCUCUGAGGUGCCUAAAGCAGAAAGCUUCUUAGCCUACGUGGGGGAGCUCGCAAGCUUGUUCUCUGGCGCAUCUCUCACUGAUAACGCCAACACUGGCGUUGUCAAGCUCGGCGACGGGAGGGUGGUGUGUCUCACGGAGACCCAGAAAGGGUCCAUUGUGAUAGACCCUGACACACUGGACACGCUUAGGAAAUUCGAGUACAGUGACUCUCUAGGGGGUCUAAUUCACUCUGCACAUCCCAUUGUGACAGACAAUGAGUUUUUAACGUUGCUUCCAGAUCUUGUUAGACCAGGGUACCUAGUGGUGAGAAUGGAGCCUGGUACUAAUGAGAGGAAGGUGAUCGGUCGGGUCGACUGUCGCGGCGGGCCAUCACCCGGUUGGGUCCAUUCUUUCCCUGCUACUGACCACUAUGUUAUUGUGCCUGAAAUGCCUCUUAGAUACUGUGCUCAGAAUUUACUAAAGGCUGAGCCUACUCCACUGUACAAGUUCCAGUGGCACCCUGAAUCCAAAGCUUUUAUGCAUGUCAUGUGCAAGACUAGUGGAAAGAUUGUGGCAAGUGUGGAAGUGCCUCUGUUCAUCACUUUCCAUUUCAUAAAUGCGUACGAAGAGGAAGAUGAAGAUGGGAGGGUGACGGCAGUUAUUGCUGACUGUUGUGAGCACAAUUCAAAUACUGACAUUCUUGAAAGGCUUAGAUUACAGAAUCUUCGCUCAUUCAAUGGCCAAGAUGUUCUGCCAGAUGCUAAGGUUGGUCGGUUCAGAAUACCUCUGGAUGGGAGUCCAAAUGGAACACUGGAACCAGCAUUAGACCCAAAUGAACAUGGGAAAGGCAUGGACAUGUGCAGCAUAAACCCUAACUAUUUAGGGAAGAAAUACAGAUAUGCCUAUGCUUGUGGAGCAAACCGACCUUGUAACUUUCCCAACACCCUCACCAAGCUUGAUUUAGAGUUGAAAAAGGCUAAGACCUGGUAUGAUGAAGGUGCUGUGCCAUCUGAACCAUUCUUUGUGGCUCGACCAGGAGCAACAGAGGAAGAUGAUGGCGUGGUAAUCUCUAUAAUCAGUGGGAAAAAUGGAGAAGGAUAUGCUUUGUUGUUAGAUGGCUCCACCUUUGAAGAGAUUGCUAGAGCUGAGUUCCCUCAUGGUAUUCCAUAUGGAUUGCAUGGAUGCUGGGUUCCAAAAAAGUAGAAGUAUCACUAAAGACUGUUACUAUCAUAUAGGGAAAAACAAUGCAAGCAUUACACCUCUAUAAAUUCUACUAGUUUUCACAGCCUUAUUUUUCUUACAUUCACCUCACUUCUCAUAUCUCGUUCUUCUGUUUCUUUCUUUUCCGACUCAUGUUCAAUCACAUAUCUAUCAUCUCCCUAUCAUGAUCAUGUAUUCAUGUUUAUGUGGGUGUAAUUGAGAUGUAUCUUAAAUAAGUGUAUAACACUCAUUGCAGUUCUACUACUGUAUGAGGGAAAGCUGAUAUAGUGAUCCAUAGGCAUGUAUGUGUGCAUUAGAAAGUAGCAUUUGUAAAUUAUAAUUUAUGUAUUAUUAUCUGUGAAUAUAUCUCAAAUUUGAAGUUCA